UUCAAUGUUUCCUCUGGGCAUCAGCCGCAGUGCUAGUGGAAUGAAAAUAAUUUGACACAUUGAGCAGUAUAGUCCCAGCACAGCAAAUCGCUACAGUGCGAGAGUACGGAGAGGACCUGUUUCUGGAAGACAGCAUCCCAUUAGCAAAGCUGUUGUUUCUCUUGUCUUUAUAAAGGGGUGCACUGCAGCCCUGAUAUCGUUCCACAAACCGCACCAGACGCACCAAAAAAGUAGUAUUUCCCCCCAGGUAGUGAUUUUCGGCUGCACGACCAUACCGGAUUAGUACAAAUGGCAAAACGCAGUACUUUAUUUAUCCGAAUUGUGGAAGGGAAGAAUUUACCUGUGAAGGACAUCACUGGGAGCAGUGAUCCCUACUGUGUUGUACGGAUCGAUAAUGAGGCCAUUAUAAGGACGGCAACGAUUUGGAAGACACUCUCUCCGUUUUGGGGCGAGGAAUAUAAUGUGCACCUUCCUCCAUCCUUUCACACAGUGUCCUUCCACGUUCUGGAUGAGGAUUCCCUCAGCCGAGAUGAUGUCAUUGGAAAGGUGUCCAUCACAAAGGAAGCUCUGGCCGCCAAGCCGCAAGGGCUGGACGGCUGGGUGAGUCUGACUGAGAUCGACCCGGAUGAGGAGGUGCAAGGGGAGAUCCACUUGCAAAUUGCAGUGCUGGGGGACCAGGGAGCCCGAAAACUUCACUGUCAGGUCUUCGAGGCCAGAGACCUGGCCAGAAAGGAUCGCAACGGAGCCUCUGACCCCUUUGUAAGAGUUCGUUACAAUGGCAAAACACAUGAGAGCACGGUUGUGAAGAAGUCCUGCUACCCUCGCUGGAACGAGAGCUUCGAGUUUGACCUGGACGAGGCAAGUGCUGACACCCCUCUGAGCGUGGAAGUGUGGGACUGGGAUCUGGUCAGCAAGAAUGACUUCCUGGGCAAGGUGCUGUUCAACAUCAACAGGCUUCAGUCCGCGGAGCAGGUGGAGGGCUGGUUCCGUCUGAGCCCAGACAAACCCAAGCACAGCCAGUACGAAGGGACUCUGGGAUCGCUGAGACUGCAGCUGAGGCUCCGAGAUGAGACUGUCCUGCCCUCCAGCCACUACCAGCCUCUCACCGAGCUGAUGUGCCAGUCUGUGGGCACAAACCUCAAUGGCAACCGGUCAGAUUUGAUCAUGCUCAUUGACGAGACGACCACAGCUGAGGGUCGACAGGAAGUGGCCACCAACCUUGUCAAGCUCUUCCUGGGCCAGGGCUUAGCCCUGGAGUUCUUGGACGUUCUGUUCACCCUGGAGCUGGAGAAGACCAGUGAACCAAACACCUUGUUUCGUAGCAACUCACUGGCUUCCAAGUCUAUGGAGUCUUUUUUAAAGGUGGCGGGGAUGCAGUAUCUGCACAGGGUUCUGGGCCCCACCGUGAACAGGGUCUUUGAGGAGAAAAAGUACGUGGAACUGGACCCCAACAAGGUGGAGCUGAAGGAGGCAGGGUGCACGGGGCUGCACCGUCUCCAGACAGAGGCUGACGUGAUCCAGCAGAGCACCACCCACCUGCAGUCCUACCUGACCGAGCUGCUCCAUGCCAUCAUGCUGUCUGCCAGCCACUGCCCCCCUGCCCUGCGCCACGCCUUCCGCCAGCUGUACCAGCGCGUUCAGGCGCACUUCCCCGAGAAGGAGUACCGGAAAGUGAAGUUCAUCGCGGUGACUAGUUUCCUCUGCCUGCGCUUCUUCUCGCCGGCCAUCAUGUCCCCCAAGCUCUUCCACCUGAGGGAGAAGCACCCCGACGCCCGUACGAGUCGCACGCUGCUGCUGCUGGCCAAGGCUGUUCAGAACAUUGGCAACCUUGACACCCUGGCCUGCCGUUCCAAGGAGCCUUGGAUGGUGCCCCUGCAGCCUGCCAUCCAGCAGGGCAUCUCCCAGCUCAAGGACUUCAUCACCCAGCUGGUCAGCUGUGAAGAAGGGGACGACCCGGACCUGCAGCACAGCCUGAGUCUUCAGAGUAGCUUCAUUCUCAAAGAGGGCUUCCUCUUCCUGCACAAGACCAAAGACAAGAGCAUGCUCAUCGCCUCACCGUUCAAAAAGUACUACGUCAGCCUUGCCAGGGACACCCUGUCCUACACCAGGACGCAAAACUCCAAGCAGAAGAUCUCGUUCAUCACCCUACAGAAGAUCAGGGCUGUGGAGAAGGUGGAAGAGAAGAGCUUUGGCAGCUCCAAUGUCAUGCAGAUCAUCUCCAGUGAGGACAAUGGCCAGCUAGAGACACUCUACCUUAUGUGCAAGAGUGUUAAUGAGCUGAACCAAUGGCUCUCUGCCCUAAGGAAGGCCUGCAUUCACAAUACAGAGACCAUGAGCUCCUAUCACCCUGGAAUUUAUAAGGGAGACAAGUGGAGCUGCUGCCACCAAAAGGACAAAACAGCUGUGGGCUGUGACAAGACCCGACAUGGAGUCACUCUGCAGGAGUGGAAUGACCCUUUAGACCCUGACCUGGAAUCCCAGCUCAUAUUCCGGCACCUGAUGAGUGUCCAGCAGGCCAUGAGAGAAAAGCACCACGAGAGGAUCCAGCAAGAGAAGAGUAAUGAUCAGGGUUCUACAUCAGAACUGGAGAAGCAGGAUGUGGCAACCAGGCUCUUCAAGGUCCUGCAGGACCUGCAGGAAGCCCAUGCAGCCGUGGAGCGUGCAGAGCAAUCCAAAAACAAAAACUUCCUCCUGGAACUACAAACAUAAUGGGUCUAAUCACAGUGGAAAAUGUGAUGGGAUCUCUCCAGACAUUUCAUUUUAAUCUGCCAGAAAGAGCUGCUCACUGUGCACAUACAAAUGGCUCUCACAGGAGCCGAUGACAUUGUCCAUCCUCCCAUCUUCAUUUGGCUUUCAGACCCAAAGGACUGAAGAGGCCAGGGCUUUCAAUUUUAGCUGACAAAGGGCUCCAGCGUGGAAGUCUCGCCUCGAACCACCCCACUCACCUCAUCUCAGCUGAAUGUUAAACACUCCCCAGGACAGAUCGCUGGAACUUCCCAUGGGUGUCAGAUCUGCUGGCAGGUUUCCUCCUCACACCAGGGCAAAUAAAAUGACUGGAGAAGACAACUUUUCUAUGAGAGGGUAACUGGUGCUGCACUGGAAAGAAAAGUGUAUGCUAGAAAGUGUAAGAACACCUCAGUGUUAUAUAUAGAUGAUGAUACAUAUAAUUUUAUAUUUACUGGACUUUAUUGGGUUUCUUUUAAUAUCUAUGACUGACAGUUCUGUGCACGGUGUAAAAGUGGGGCUUUUGCUCAAAUAUUUCUGUCCUUUCCACUGCUCCUAACAGCGAACAAUGUUUUGUACCAGCUUGCCAGCAGUUCCUGUCUGUGAUUAUACUGAGGCUCCUGUUCACAAAGGCACCUAUGUCUGGUCAUGUGGGCAAAAUAUGAAGAAGGAAGGCCAAAGGGAAACUGUCUUGGAUGACAUAAGGUUUAUGCGGUUUUCUCACUUUAUAGAAGUACGUAAACACAGGUGGCAAGGGGAUGCUUUGCAAAAGCUUUUUACAAUUUUUAGGAAAAUGCUGAACAAACUUUUGAAAUAACUUAAAUCAUGUCGAAAUCAUUUAUAGACAAUCUCGAUUACAAUCACAACAAGAAGGGAGGGUUGAGCACAAAAUGGAAUUGGUCCUUACAGUUCCUUUCCUAGCCCUUAUGACUCAGUCUUUUCAGCCGGCCAGACUUCAUCUGUUCUGUUACUGGGCUACUGUUGUAGUGACUCCUGGCCAUUUUAGAAGCGUGUAGGAAUCUUUUCACUCAGUGCUGAAUGAGUGGUAUGCAUAGUAUAUGGAAUGAUGUGUCCAACAUCACAAAUCAGCUUAUUCCAGGUGAUGGUCAUGGCAGCUUGGAACCUUUCCCAAUAUCACAGGGCACAAGGCAGGACAUCCUGGAUGGCAAGCCAGUCUACCAUACGAGAUUCAGAUGGGAACAAUUGAACGGGGCAGCAUAAUAGAGCAUAACAUCAUAAACAUUUCAGCAAACUGGCACACAAAUAUCCCAUGAAAUCAGUCAGCUAUACCUUUGUACUGUGCUGUUUUUUCCAGCCAUUUUACAUGGUUGGUUUGUGUUUAGUAGGUGUGAGGAAACCAGAGCACCCAGAAACACACCAAGCAAACGCAGAGGGAACAUGCAAACUCCAUAUAGAAGCUACUCACACACAGCAGCUGAUGUGUGGGGAGCGUUCUGGCGCACUAUGGCUGCCGUCGCAUCAUCCAGGUGGGGCUGCACACUGGUGA